UUUUGAGUGAUGAUGCCGGGCUUAUACUCUACUCGCCGAAGCGCAUUGUUGCGACCAGCACUGGCGACACGGGCCUUUUCGUUAUCUUCUUUUAUCAAUGCUGGUGAUACCAAUGUAGUGCUGACAAGGGAAUUCAUCUAUGCGUCUCUGUACGCGAAGGAGGCAGGAUAUUUCACAACACAGGAGCGUAAUGUGCUGCAUGUGCCUACGGAGAGCAUCGACUUCGGCAAUCUAUGGGGUGCCGGUGAGUAUCAUAACAUGGUAGCCGAGUUGUACAAGGAGAGUCCCGAGGCCUGGCUCACGCCCGUGGAGGUGUUCGCGCCAUAUUACUCGCAGGCACUGGCACGCUACAUGCUUAACUCUCCCUUCUUCCGCCAGGAGCUCGAGAUCUUCGAAAUCGGCGGUGGUUCUGGGUCCAAUGCACUGCACAUUCUUAACUAUUUGAAGGAGCAGGCACCAGACGUGUACGCUAAGACCAAGUACACGCUAAUCGAGAUCAGCCCUGUGAUGGCCGAGAGGCAGCGGAACCGUGUGGCUGUUGUGCACCCAGAGCAGUGCUCGGUCGUCAACCAAGAUAUCCUAACCUUCGCAGAUACACAUGCUCCUGUCAACUCGCAGUGCUUUUUCCUGGCACUCGAAGUGCUGGACAACCUGCCUCACGACAAGGUCACGGUACAGAACGGCAAGUGGUACGAGACGAUCGUCAAGAUGGGGAGCGAAGCGAAUGCCGGCCCAUUGCUGGAGGAAGCUAUGCGUCCGGUCAAGGAUAUGCUGAUCCGCCAGACACUCCGCUACUUCGGCUGCGAGCUGCCGCUGCGCGUGUCGUACAAGAACAACUUCAGUCUGGCGCAGCGCGUGCGGCGCAUGUUGGGCAAAGACGCCCCUGCGCUGAGCUCUGCUUUCAUCCCGACGGGUGCCAUGCAGCUACUGAACACGCUCCGCACUGCCUUCCCCAAGCACCAUCUCAUUGCCGCUGACUUUGACUCGCUCCCAGCCCCGAAUCUGGAUGAGAACUCCCCGGUCAAAGCUAUUGAACACCCGCUUAGCAGCACGGCAACAUCGUCUGGAGCGCUUUUUGCGGGAAAUGCCCCCCUCGUCGCGUCAAAACUCACAGGUGAGACGAAGGACCACGAUACAUACCUGGUGCAAGGCGGAAUCGCCGACAUCUUCUUUGCCACCGACUUUAGUCGACUCAAGAAAGCGUAUUGCUCUGCGCUCGAGCGUCAGACUGACGAGGUACAGUUUCGGUCGUCAAGUCUUCCGACUUUCUGA